CAAUUUGAGACUUGGGCAGCAAAUGAGAUUUGUCUAAAUUUAGGGAGUAAAAUGCAAUUUCCUAAUAUAGAGGAAUAUGCUUCUUCAGUUAUGCUGGCUUUUGCAUCUUUCAGCAUCGUGAACAUAACUACUUCCAACUGUUAAAAACCACAAGCCAGAGUCUGGAUACUGAACCGGGUCAUAAACCGGAUCCAACCGAAGAUGCUGCGCGACUACUUCUGCUGCUGCAAGUCCAGUCUCACCGACGCCGACGACGCCAUUUCCGACUGCGAUCCUGUUCUUCUGGUCUCGGGCAUAGCCGGGUCAAUCCUCAACUCCAAGAAGAAGAAAUCCGGGUCCGAGACCAGGGUUUGGGUCCGGAUUUUGCUGGCAAAUUUGGAGUUCAAGAACAAGCUCUGGUCCAUGUACAAUCCUGAAACAGGGUAUACUGAGACAUUGGAUGAUAGUACUGAGGUAGUUGUGCCUCAAGAUGAUUAUGGGCUUUAUGCUAUUGAUAUUUUAGACCCUUCUCUUUUUGUAAAGCUUCUGCAUUUGACCGAUCUGUAUCAUUUCCAUGAUAUGAUUGACAUGCUUGUUGGAUGCGGGUAUAAGAAAGGAACGACGUUGUUUGGGUAUGGCUAUGACUUUCGCCAAAGCAAUAGAAUUGGUCAAUUAAUGGAUGGCCUAAAAGAGAAGUUAGAGACUGCUCAUAAAGCUUCGGGCGGAAGGAAAGUCACUGUAAUUUCACACUCGAUGGGUGGAUUGCUGGUCUCAUGUUUCAUAUCUCUUCAUAAUGAUAUAUUUGCCAAAUAUGUAAAUAAGUGGAUUACUAUUGCCACUCCCUUCCAAGGUGCACCGGGAUGCAUCAAUGAUUCUUUGCUUACUGGAUUGCAGUUUGUCGAAGGCUUUGAAAGCUUCUUCUUUGUGUCUAGGUGGUCCAUGCAUCAAUUGCUGAUUGAGUGCCCAUCUAUCUACGAGAUGUUGCCAAACCCAAGUUUCAAUUGGAAGAAGCAACCCGUGAUCCAAGUAUGGAGGAAGCACUCCAACGGUGAGGAGACAUCCGUUGAGCUGGAAUCCUAUCACUCGAAUGGAUGCAUAUCCCUUUUCGAAGCUGCAUUGAAGAACAACGAGUUGGAUUAUGAUGGAGAAACAAUAGCCCUUCCUUUCAACUUUGAGAUCCUUAAAUGGGCUAAGGGCACCCGGGAAGUCCUUGAACAAACUCAACUCCCUCAGGGGAUUCCGUUCUACAAUAUCUAUGGAAUAUCUGUUGACACACCCUUUGAUGUUCGCUAUGGUUCGGAGUCUUCUCCAAUAGGCGAUCCAUCCGAGAUAUGCCACACGCUGCCAGAAUACUCUUAUGUAGAUGGUGAUGGAACAGUCCCAUCCGAAUCAGCACAGGCAGACAGUUUCGAUGCAGUGGAGAGGGUGGGAGUAUGUGCAGGUCACCGGGCACUGCUGCGUGAUGAGAAGGUGUUCGAGCUUAUCAAGAACUGGCUGGGAGUUUCUCCGGUGGCAAAGGCGAAACACUCUCACGCAUCCAAGGUGAUGGCUAUCUAGUGUAUGAGUGUGAGCCGAGCUAAGUAGAUGGAGCACACUCUCACUAGCUAGAAUGUUGUAUCCACGUACAUAUAUAUGCAAUAUACGUAUGCGCAUACGUAUUUGGUAUAUGCCCAUGCAUGUGCAAUAAGAAGACGAAGAAGAACAUAUAUUUUUAUGUAUAUUAUGUAAAGAUAUUGUAUGUCUCAGAUGUGCCAACAUAUACGUAUCCACUAAACUAGCUAAA